AUGAGACUCACAGACUGUGCCGGGCCAGGCCUCGGUCUGUCCAUGAGACUCACAGACUGUGCCGGGCCAGGCCUCGGUCUGUCCAUGAGACUCACAGACUGUGCCGGGCCAGGCCUCGGUCUGUCCAUGAGACUCACAGACUGUGCCGGGCCAGGCCUCGGUCUGUCCAUGAGACUCACAGACUGUGCCGGGCCAGGCCUCGGUCUGUCCAUGAGACUCACAGACUGUGCCGGGCCAGGCCUCGGUCUGUCCAUGAGACUCACAGACUGUGCCGGGCCAGGCCUCGGUCUGUCCAUGAGACUCACAGACUGUGCCGGGCCAGGCCUCGGUCUGUCCAUGAGACUCACAGACUGUGCCGGGCCAGGCCUCGGUCUGUCCAUGAGACUCACAGACUGUGCCGGGCCAGGCCUCGGUCUGUCCAUGAGACUCACAGACUGUGCCGGGCCAGGCCUCGGUCUGUCCAUGAGACUCACAGACUGUGCCGGGCCAGGCCUCGGUCUGUCCAUGAGACUCACAGACUGUGCCGGGCCAGGCCUCGGUCUGUCCAUGAGACUCACAGACUGUGCCGGGCCAGGCCUCGGUCUGUCCAUGAGACUCACAGACUGUGCCGGGCCAGGCCUCGGUCUGUCCAUGAGACUCACAAAGGCUUCAUGA